AUUACAUAAAUCGCUUUGAAAACCAAUAAUUUUCGAAAGGCUCAUCGGUAAAAAUAACAAAUUAAAAAAUUUCUGAAAACCAAUGAAAUGAAAAGAAGCGCGUCGCUCAUACGCCACGACAAACCAGCGGCAUAAUAGAUUACGCGAUCACCGAAGUAUAGAAAUUGCCACCACAUCCACCUACAACAAACUAUCUGCACCAACUGUAGGCCGCAAAAAACACGCGGAAUGUCAGUUCAAAGAGUGAUUGCGAAUUAUUGAAGUGAUUAAAUAAGCACAACAGAGCAACUAAUUAAAUGAAGCUAAUUUGUGCAAGUGCGGGUAGUGUGUAUAAAACGUAAUUAAAUAAAACAGGUGCAUAAAAAAUCAAAGACAACACCUUGAAUACACAAACAGCAAAAACAAAGAGCUUGAGUGUCUAGCGGCAGCAUGACUGAGAACAAGGAUAAACACGCCGCCAGCAGUGGCGGCAGCACAGAAAUCGCCAGCAGUCACAACAAUAACGCGCAAGGCCAGAGCACGAACGACGGCGGCAACACCAACAAGCCGAAGGAUAAGAAAAAUGACAACGAAACGACAGUCGCGCUGAGGGAUACGCAACUUGAGCGCGAAAAGGAUAAAGAGCCGCAUGACAGAUGCGCACACAAGGAUGAAUUUGGCACGCAACGUGUCUACAAGAAGACUUCACCAAAUUGUGUGCUCACACUCUACUUACCUUCGCGAGAGAUCACACUUUCCGGCAAUAAUCCAGCUAUAUUGCGAGGCAUUAUUUAUGUGGAUCCAAAGGCGAUACAAGGUUACAGGGUUUAUGCACAAUUAACGUUGACUUUCCGUUACGGCCGCGAGGAUGAGGAGGUGAUGGGUUUGCGUUUCUGCAAUGAGGCUAUUAUGUCGCUACAUCAAGUCUGGCCAAGGAAUGAGGAGCCGGCGCGUGAGUCACUCAGUCCACUGCAGGAAGCCUUAGUGAAGCGUCUUGGCGAUGGCGCACACCCAUUCACACUCACCCUAACCCCACAGGCGCCACCCAGCGUGCAAUUAGUGCCGGCAAAACGUUACUAUGGCGCACCGAUCGGCACCAGCUAUGAUGUGCGCUGCUUUAUAGCGGAUAAAACAGAUGAGAAAUUCCACCGGCGCGCCUCAGUCAAAAUGGGUGUGCGUGUUAUCUAUCGCACCGAUGUGUAUCAGCAGUCGAAUGGACCAGAGAAUUUCGCCGCGCUCAUCAACAAUCAGGGCGCCUCGCCGCCAUCGACUGCGGCGCUCACAUCACCGCCCGCAACGCUUGGUGGUACUGGCGCGCUCAACGCCCAAAAUGGCAACACAACACCCGGCUUGUCUUCGAUGCUGGGCGGCAGCGGCAGCGCUGAUAGUAAUACGAGUUUUGAGGGUACUACCACCGCCAGUUCAGCUGCAACCACACAGAGUCACGCCAAGCCGCGUAAGUCAGAGCGUGGCGAUUCGUUUCCCAAGCUGCGCCUCUCACCGAAGUCUUUUCGCUUUAGCGGUCGCUUUGGACGCAGUAAAAGCGAGAUAGAGAAGUGUCCCAGCGAUCCGUUCUACAAUUACAGUAAAUCGUUUCAAGAGUACGAUUGCACUGCUAUUGCCGGCGGAAUCGGCGCUGUCGGCGUUGGUGGCAUUAGCGGCGCACCACUCACUGCCUCGCCGGGUGGCGGCUGCACGGUCGGUGGUGUGAUUGGCGGUAAUGCAGCAUGCGCGCUUAGUGGCGGCGCCGGUGGUGGACCACAAGGUGCCGUGGACAAGCCAUUCCUCUUGCAGGACGGACGUGUCGGCUUGCGGGCAAGCCUCGAUAAGGCCUGGUAUACGCAUGGCGAGGAUGUCUGCGUGACGGUGAACAUCAAGAAUGACAGCCGCAAGACGGUGCGGAAAGUGCGGGUGUGCGCCAUUCAACACGUCGAUGUCUGCAUGUUCAACAAUGGAAAAUUCAAAAAUAUUGUCGCUGACUCGGACAGCUCGCCCGUGGACCGCACAGUAGCGCCUGGCAGCACGAUGAACACCACAAUCAUACUAAAGCCACAACGGGGUCAAACGAAAAACUGGAUCGCGCUCGAAGACACACUGCAGCGCAGCACAGAGCCCGAAGAAAUCACCGGCGUCAUUGCUGCCUCAGCGAUACGCUCUCCAAAUCUUAUACUUGCGCCCGGGCAGGCCAUUAACCCAUGCCCCAGUCCGGCUGUAGGCAUACCGCAACCCAGCGGCUAUCAUGGACACGGUGUGUCCGGCGUUGUGGGCGACGACCGCAAUGUCUUCGCCAUUUAUGUAUCCUACUAUGUGAAGGUCAAAUUGACGUUGAGCGGCAUGGGUGGCGAACUGUCACUAAAGUUGCCCUUCGUGCUAGUGCAUGUCGAAGAGCCAAGAGUGGAGCACAGAGUGGAAAGACUUGCGCUAGACGAUGUGCCGGCUGGCAAACGGAACGGCAACAAAACAAAAAGCGGCGCUGCCACGUCGACGUCCGGCAUAACGGGAACUACGCCACGCAAAGAUGGCAAUGGACGUCUCAGCGCGCAACCAAAGCAACUUGAUCGCAUCGAAUCGGUGGACGAUGAGAUACGUUUGCCAAUACCAGAUACAGCUGUGCCAAGUACUGCGCCAGCUGCCAGCAGCAAGCGCAAGCUUGUUCGCAGCGAAACAUUGGCUAAAGAUUUGGACGAGGAAAUCGAAGAGCAAACAGAGGCGGAAGCGGCAAAAGCGACGCUUAGCACCGAAGAGAGUUUGCCGCAUGACGGUGAAGAGCUGGAGCAAGUGCACAUAGUGCAAAUACACUCACAUGUAGCAGAGAGCAUUGAAAAAGAAACGGUCGAGGACCCUCAAGAGGAGUCAGACAAAAAAGAGCAGGAAAUUGUAGAGUCUAUGGAACCAGAGGAAGAUAUUAAGCAGUCACAAGAUGAAUCAGCAAAUGAUGAAGCAAAAGAAGAAGAAAAAGUGGAGUCAGAUGCGAGCGCGUUGGAAGAGACGCCUAACGUCGAUGAGCAUCACCCUCAAUCCUCACAUGUGUGAUUCUCAUUUCUGCGCGGCAUGUUUCACAAGAAACGGCAAACAAAGUGAGGUACUUAGCAGAGGUAUAGGCGCUUUUUUCGGCUAUAACCGCGUCAGCGGUGUCUACGCUUAUGAAAAAGAAAUCUCUUUUUGGAUAUAACCAAGAAAGAAAAAAGGAGUAUAUAUUUAAAGAAAUAUAGAAAAAGAAAAUGCUUUGAGAAUGAAAGAAGCAUAAGAAAUGACAACUGGAGGUGCGUUGCUUUUUUGGAUCAUCAGGAAUGAUCUCCAAGAGAAAAUACUUAUAAAUAUAACCUUAAGCUACAAGUAAAGUAAAAUAAGGAACUUUGAAAACAAAUUAUCUGUUUAGGUAUUCCAUAUGAAACCGAUUAUAUAAUAUUAAAAAUAGAGUAAAAAAAUCACUACAGAACAUACAAUUUAUUGAGCCCAAACGCAUGGAGAAACCUCUAACAAGUGCAAGAAAGGAAAAUUUUCGAGGCAGAACUCUUAAUAUUUUUUCGGAAAAGAUAAUCAAAUAGACUUAGAAGUUCCUGAAACAUAAUGAAAACACGAUCUCGCAACUACAAUUCAAAACUAUCAAGCCACAAACAAGAAUAUAGAUUUCUGAGAUCUCGAGUGAAAACGUGAGAUCGAAAGUGAAAACGCUUGUAUAGUAGAUCUAGAAUUAUGUUACUCGCACUCUAAGUUAAAAGAAAAUAUUCCUUCGAAGUAUGAUAAUAGUUUUAGAUAGUAGUGCAUAUGCCCAGACAGUCGGGUCUACGUAACCGGAACGGACCUAGAUUUUUUAUCCGCUACAACAACAACUCCUAGAAAUCAACGUAAAACUAACCACAAAUUACGGAUUCAUACUGAACGUUAGUUAGGAUAUUGCCUCCCUACUAAAUGAACUUAAGACUUUUCAAACCAAACUAAAAAAGUUUUGCGCUGUUUGAGACAAAACCUAUUUUGUAAAGAUUAUGGAUCUUUCAAAUUUUUUCGAAAUAUUUGCAGUUCUUACAUUCAAUAAUUUCUCGAUGCAUUAAAAAUAUUUUAAAAACAAUUUUUAAAUGUGAACCAAAAAAAAUUGAAUUUGUUUCAAAACGCAAACUGAUUUCAACAGAGCAAACAUGGUUUCAAGGUCGACCUUUCAAGGUAAAAAGAUGGUAAAACGAAAUUUAACAAGAAUUAAGGAAAGAUUCAUUCAGAAAUUAAGGAAGGAUUCAGCAAGGAAUAUUUCACCGUUUUGAACUUUUUGAAAGAGUUGGAAUUAGACUUGUUUUGAGAGUUCUAACCUUAAAAGAAGUCGAUUGUAAAUAGACAUAGCCUUAAAAUAAUCUUAAGUAACUUAAAAGAUUAUGAUAAACUAUGAUAAAAUGAAAGGAUAAAAAAUAUGAAAAUGUUGUAACGCUAUCCAUAUUAACGAUAGAAAAAGAUACAACAAGAGAUUGUUUGGCCUCUAAGCAAGCAGAUGAUCUAGCUUCCAACCUACUCUAACCCCAAACAGUUGAUAAAUUUGCAUGAAACAAUAUUGACCGAAAAUCAAAUAACCUAUAAUUUAUUUAUAUCAAUAUAGAUUUUAUUGAUUACCAAAAACCGCGGAUACUGAAUGCAAAAGCCGAUUUUAAGCAAGUGAAAACAAAAUAAACAAACUCCGAAAAGAUCCAAAAUGAUCUCAACAACUGUAGAAAUGCGUUCGACCUCUCUAAAUAGAAAAUAUUUAGCUAAAAAUGCAAACAUUACCGAUAGUUCAGUAAAAUGUGACAUACAAAAUUGUAAGCAGCACCAUUUUUAUAAGAACUAGAGCUAAGUUAAUGAGUCUAAAAACAAGAAGAGGUUUCUAAAUGUAAAGCUGAAAUGAAUUUUGAAUAGUUUGAAGCAUAUAGAAUAAAAGAAAAUGUAUUAAAACAAAUUUGGAGAACUGACAGCUUUGCAAUUUUCAUUGAAGCAACUUGAAAACUAAAUUAUGAUCAUACUGAAAACAGAAAAACUAUACAGUUAAACUAGUGUACGACUUAGAAGCAGAAAAUAAAUUUGUGGCACCAAAUUGGAUAAGUUAUUUUUGCUAAAAACUACAAUUAGAUUAUUAAGAAAAACGCUUUGUGUAAAUAGUGGUUCCCAAACUUUAUGUAUGUAUAUGAGUAACCAGUAAAGUUACACAUAGAAUAAUAUUUGUUAAAAAAAAAUAAAUAAAUAGUGUUAAAUACGGUUUAUGAGGCCAUAGUAUGUACCAACUAGACACUAUGGAAACAUAUACCUAUAUAUAAAUAUUGUUAUAAAGUACGGUUUCGGUGUUACAAGGACUAGAAAACUUACGUACAUAUCGGUUUAUAUGUAUAUUUUACAGCAAAUCCUACAGGAAAUAAAUUUACAUAUGCGCAUGAUGCCUAAUAACAGAAAAUAUGCUGAAGGCGAAAAUGUAGCUUGGAAAUUACAACACAAAACAGUUUACCAUAUGUCUUCAAAAUAUGGUACCUAUUAGUUAAAUAUUAUAAAACAG